GUUUUUCCGCAGAUAAAUUGUGUAUGAAAACUAUGAAUGCGCUGUUGCGUAAUUCCAUUCACCUGCGAAGAAGAGCCGUUUGUAAAUGCCAUCGCCGAGCGUCGACGCAGCCAGCGAAAGAAGUGACGACCACGGAAGAUGAACCGGUUGUUCAAGCCCCAGUGAAGCAGUAUUGUUCGGAAGGGGUCAAGGGAUUGAUGGAGUUUUUCGACGAAAGGUCCACUUGGGGUCAGACCGAGGUGAAAGUCGGUCGUUCUUGGAGAAUGCCGGAACUUCGGCUCAAAAGCAACGUGGAUCUUCAUAAACUCUGGUACGUACUUCUGAAGGAAAAGAACAUGUUGAUAACUUUGGAAAAAGAGUGCAACGACGAAGCCCGCAUUUUUCCGAAUCCAGAGCGGAUAGAUAAGAUUGACGAAAGUAUGAAAAAUGUGGAGGACGUCGUCCGGGAGAGAAAUCGUGCUUAUUUCGAAUUGGAAACUGGAGAAACGGGAGAGCAACCCGGGAAAUGGGCUUUGUCAUGGCUUGGUUUACGAGUGUUUCAUUCUAGCCGAGAAUACCUGGUGCCGAAGCAGUUCAACGAAACCGCCAGAAAAAUGCUCUUCUACGCCAAUCGAUUGGACGACGGUUUCCGGCAGUGGGACAUGGAUGUCAAAUACUUUCACGCCAGGAUUAAGGAGAAAGAAGCUAGCAGAAAUGCCUAUUGGACUCGUUUUCAGACGGAAACCGUCAUCGCGGUGUUGAAGAAGUUUCCGAAUGCAGAUUUGGAGGCUGUGCAGCGGGAUUAUCCGCUCGCUGAUGUCGAGAAAAUCCUCAAGUCCGAGUACAUGCAGGAUUUGAAACUCUGGCAGAAACUUGAUAGAGAGCCUGUGACGGCAUGAGCUGUUCUGGGGGUUUCGUGAGCUCGCUUGUCGUUUUGUUGAUGUUUUUUUUUUUUUUUUGCUGAAACAGUAAACUUCUGGAAUGCCUUCUCUCGUUUUUUUCUGGGUCAGAGUCAUUUUCCGAAUUUUGGUUUAAUUUUUUUGAACGUGUUUUUCUUGAGGAAAUUCUUGUUACGUAUUCUUUUUUUCAACUCUACGGAUGAAAUUCAAUUAACGAAAAAAUGAAUUUCCUCAGCACAGACUUUCACUGGUUGUAUCGGAAUUGAGUGUCUCCGCAAAAUUGAAAGGGCCCACAGACGUGCAAAUUUCCCUGAAAUUUUUGCAGACUGGCAAUGUUUUACAAAAUGUUUGCAGACCAGUAGGAAUUUUGGGAAUACCUGCUUUUAGGUAUUGCAAGAAUUAAGUUAAGAAGCAAUGAAGCAGAUGUAGUGGGAUGUCUUAAGAAAAAAUUGAAAAGCUGGGCUUCAAGAAAGGUUCCUCAAAAUGAAUAGUGGGACCCCAAGAUGCGGACAUAAUUGGUGCAUCAAGAUGGUCCCUAAGUUGAGUCUCAUUUUCCGUAACAUUACAUAAUUUUUAAUUGGUGUUUUAUGUACAAAAUACUCAUCAUAAUACCAUGAAAAUAAAAUUGUCUCCCAAUUUAAACUGAUUCAAUCAAUAUAUUUCAACAUAAUAUGGAUAUUUAUUUGGGGAAUUGAAUACUGAUACCUCUGUACAGUACAUAGAAAUGUCUGCAUUCUCUGUACAAAUAAACAUUCAAGUGAAAAGGAGAGAAGGAAGUCCCUCUAUGCUGGAGGUAAUUUUUUUAAUUAGCUAAUUGGAUAGUAAAUUGGGGGGAGAAAUGCCCAAGAACUUUUCUUACAUCAAUUUUAAGGUUGGAAAUAUCUGAUGCUUGUAAUUUGGCCCGAAACUUAUUUUCAAUUUUGUCACAAACUGCCCCCAUGUCAAGUCAGUGUCCUCAUGUUAUGCCUUUUUUAUUAAUUUUUUAUGGGAAAGUAAGUGUCCCGAUGUUGAAUAGUCUGCAUGUUGACAUGUCUGCAUGUGGGGGUCUCCCUGUAUGUGGAAAAAUAAUUUAAUUCAGCAGGUAAAAAUUUGUCUGAAGUGUUUUUAUUUUUCUUCAGAUAAUUUGAAACACGCCUUUCCAAAAUUUCAAGUUAAACUACUGUACCACACUGCAUAGAUGAAUUUAUUUGAUGAAUAACCUUUGAUAAAUUUAUUUUGCUUGAGGAAAUUUCUCACAUACUGGCCAAAAAGUUUCUGUCUUUGUUCUUCAAGAGAAAUACGGUGUUUUGACGACCAUUAGAAACAUUUCAAGAAUUGAAUUACUGUACAGUACGUGUUGAAUGCGCUGCUUUGACAAUUUUUUUUGUUUUUUGCAGAAAUCUUUUUUUUUUUUCCCGUGU